AAACUGUGUUCUUUUAGAUGUACUUACCAAAGUUUUCAAAAAAAUAUCAACUUGAGCUGUAGAUUGUUUUUUAUCAAAAAGUAUCAAAAAUCUGUUCAACUACUGGCGACUUUACCCUAUUCGGCGCAGGCGAAUUAAAUGUCGUUAUCAGUUGACGAAUUACCCAGAUUUGAAGAACUGAUAACCUUUUGCGUUAUUGUGUUGCUGUAGAAAUGUUUCGAAAUGUCUUCUUUCUUAGUUUUUUUACCUAUGUAAUUUGGAGCUAUGAAGCUUUGAGUUCGCGAAAUACUUUCCUGAUCGUGUAAAAAUCAUGUUAUAGUUAGUUUUUAAUGUGUUGACAAAUUCGUGUUCUUAACUAAUUGUGAAGAAGAUGUUGUAAUAUUUCAAGUAGAAGACGUGUUGAGAUAUAAACCUGCUGAAAAGAUCGAUAUCACAUACUGCUGUCGUUGUAUCGGAUAUUCCACCGAAUUUCACCCAGGAAAUUGAAUCUAAGCUGAAUCUUCGUGACUAUGGAAAUCGACGCUGUGGAUAUGGACCACGAUAACUCAUCAGAAAAACUAUUCGUCUUCCAUGAAUCUGUAUCAACUCUGCAGAAUAUAGCCAGCCAUGCAGUGGCUCUGCAAUUAUGGCACCAUUACCUCAGUCGCGCGAAAUCCAAACAAAUCCAAGAAAAAACGGACGACUUUUUCCGAAAAGUUUUUAAUCUGGCUGAAGAUUGCAAAACAGAAUCAAGAAAAGUGGCAGAACUAUUGAAAACACCUCAACGUAUCGAAAAAAUGUUGAAGAAAUCAUUGAAGAAAAUUUGUAGCGAAACAGAACCGUGGAUAGAUCAUUUUCACUAUUGCAUAUUCAGUGGUGGAAUGUCCAGAUAUUGCCCUAGUAAUUUCGAUCCAAAUCACAUCGUUUGGCGGCCAAAUGGUGAAAUUGAUCGCAAAGAAAGUGCUUCGAGGAUAUUGACCGAAGGGAAAUUAAACGCAGAGCAGAAGUUUGUUAUUAUGUGUUCGUAUGGUAUGGCUACGGAAUUGGAAAAAUUUCCCACUAACUCUCUCUCAGAGUAUUUUUGCUUGCUGGGGAUUACGGAUUUGAAAGUGGCGUAUUGGAUUUCUUAUCAUAGGCACGAUUUGCGUGAGAUUUGGCUUAAAAUGCCAGACGUGAUUCGUCCCGAAGAUACUUCGAUCAAUGUCACUAUGGCCAUGGAGUCUGUCAAAUUGCCGUAUGCUGUCGAGUAUUUUUGGAAUCGUUUGAGUGAAGCGGAGCAAUUAGCGGUUGCUCUUAGAAUCCUGUCUCACUCGCAUAUGCAGUCGAAGGACCUUCGAAAAAUAAUGCUAUCGACGAUGUCCUACUCUCAACAACUUCAACUGGUCGAUCAAAUUCCUAUCGAAUUAAUGACGAUUUUUUCCGUCAUUGACGAUUCCACCAAAAACUGUAUGCCAGAAAAUGUCUUUACAGUUUGGACCCUCGUAAAAGAUCGAAUUACAGAGCAGCAAUUUGUAAAAUUUCUAGGAAACGUGCUGGAAAAUUUGACGUUGUGUGAAAAGCACAUGAUUGUGAUGAACAAGGUUUGGGAUACAGCUUCGGAUCGUCUUAAAAAACACAUUGCCGAAAACGAUCCGUACACUAUAUUUGUUCCUCUGAUGUUUUACAUGGCGGAGGCGUAUCCGCCGAGUUGUCACAGAUUGCUCAUGAAAUUAUUAAUAUUGGUGAACGAACGUGUCAGAAAAAACCUGAUGUGGUCGUUUUGCGAUUCAGAUUCGGAUGUCAUAAUUCAUAGGAGGGACACCGAAUUGCUAAACUUAUGUUUACCAAAAGAAUCUGAUCAGUUGCAGCUGAAGGAUUCGAUCAUGGAGACGGACUAUAUGAGUGAAUAUUGCGAAAUAAAAUUGUGGUUCUUGGAAUUCGAUGAAGUAAUCAACGCGGUGACGUUUUUUUCACGGAAUGCUCGUAAAAGUCGCAAAUUUUUCAAGAAGUUACUGGAGUCCAAAGAACUUGAAGGUCAUGCGGAAACAUUCAUCCUGGAUUAUGAAAACUGGAAUAAAUUGAGUAAUUUUAUCGAUUCCAUUUUUAUGAACUAUUCAUUAACCAUAUCAAGGCUAAAGAAGCAAUUAGUUUCCUCUUUUUCCGCUCGUGCUGUUCAUUGUUGGGACAAGAAAGAAAAUUUCAGCGUGCUGGUUAAAAUAACCGAACAAGUUUUCUCGACCGAAGAGAUGAAAACUUUUAAGCAAACAUUAUUGAAACAGUUCCAAGAAAUGAUCUUCUCGCAGAAUUGGUCACGUUUUGAAGGGAAAUGUUUCAAUACGUUUAUAUCCUGGUGUUCUGAAGAUGAAAGCCGAAUUAUCGAUCUCAAGGAUAUUGUUCCAAUUGAUGCAUUUUUCGACGACACUUUUCGUACUAUUUGCUCUUCAUCCAAUAGCAAUUUUGAAAAUUCGCUUAAGAAGCUGGAUAAGUUUUUAAAAUAUGUUUGCGUCAGUGAUGAAGAAGUUGAGCUGGUGAAAAUACGUAAGUAUUUCGAACGUGAUCGAUAUUGGAUUCGUCAAGUUGAGCUAAUUUUUCGUGAUGAAAAUCGACGCACGAUUUCAAACUGGUUUCUCAGUGUUAAAAAUUGAGAAAUAACCUAUAUUCAAAUUUCUGUUUGGUGAGUUGGAAGCAGCAAAGAUGUAGUCGGUGUUACUUUGAAUGAAUUUGUUUGUAUCUUUUUCGAAUUUUGUACCAGAUAUAUUAUACCUAGGUACUUACAUUUAUUACAUAUAUUGAUUUUUUUGUUUCAUUAUUCAUUAUUAUUCGUACUUACGCAUUUAUUUUAUUGAUUCAUUUUUUGUAAGUUACUGUUCUUCUACCUGUUUUUUUCAAAUAUAUUUAACGAUUAA